CCAAAAUCCAACUGGUACUCUAACAACAAUACACCAACAUCAAAAAUUUUCGAACAUAUCCAGCUUCCUCUUCUGUUCCCAUCCUCAUCUACUACACUACACUACCACAGAACCCUUCCCAAUACCUCAUCAUGUCCAAAACCCAACCUUCCCAGCCGUUUACCGCAAUACUCAUAGGCGGAUCCAUAUCCGGUCUCAUCCUAGCCCACAUGUUCUCCCGCGCGAAAAUCAACUUCAUCCUCCUUGAAGCACGGGAUACUAUUUCGCCUCAACUCGGUGCGGGAAUCACGAUCCAGGCUAAUGGCUCGAGAAUCCUGGAUCAGAUGGGGCUUCUUGGGCCGAUGGAACACUUUUUGACGCCUAUGGGGCGCCAGUGGAGGAGGAAGAGCAAUGGGGAGGUGGUGAAGUGUAUGGAGUGGCCGGUUGGGAUUGAGGGCAGGUUAGUUGGGUUUCUUUUCUCGAAUUUCUUGAUUUUCUGUGGUUUUGUUGAGGUGGAAAAGGGAAGGUGUGGAUGGGCCUUUGCUGAUUGGUGUAGAUUAGGGUACUCCAUAGGCAUUGCGGAGAGACGAAUGCUCUUGCGGAGUCUUUAUGAGCAGCUUGAGGAUAAAUCUAAGAUCCUGGUUAAUAAGAAGGUUCUUUCUUUUGAUCAUGGGGAAGAUGAGGUAAGCGUUAGGUGUGAGGAUGGCAGUAUGUAUGUGGGGGAUUUAGUGGUGGGGGUUGAUGGUGUGCAUAGUAGGACGAGGAGGGAGAUGCAGAGGAUUGCUGAGGAGGCGAGUCCGGGGUUGAUGGUGGGGGAUAUGAAUAGUAAGUUCUCUCUUUUAUUGGCGUUUUGUGUUCAGAUUAAGUUGGAGGGGAGUUUCACUCAACGAGUAGUCGAUGAACUUCUACAACGAGUUUCAGACAUUAGGUAGAGAAGUGAGAUAUGAAUUACUAACACACCCAACACCCAGAAGUAUCAGCAGAAUACAAUGCCAUCUUCGGAAUCUCCGCCGCCUCUCCUCAUCUCAUCCCUGGAGAAAGCCACAUCAGUUCUGACAUCGACAAGUCCUCGCUAAUGUUCGUAAGCAAACACGGACUCCCUCAAUGGUUCUUCUUCACCAAACUCGACAAACGAUAUUACGGUGAUGAAAUCCCGCGCUACACUAAGGAACAGAUGGAGAAACAAGCCGAGGAAAAUGGCGAUUUCUGUGUGACGGGUAACAUGACUUUAAGGGAAUUGAUGAGGGAGACUACUUCACUAUCUUACUUGUCUCUUGAGGAGGCGAAUCAUGAACACUGGUCUUGGGGGAGAAUUGUUUGUGUGGGGGACAGUAUCCAUAAGAUGACGCCUAAUGUUAGUUAUCUCUUUUCAACGCAGAUUUUGAUUGUAAUACUAAUUUGGAUUAGAUGGGACAAGGCGGAAACCGUAAGAUGCCCCUUCCUUCACAACCCCUACGCAGUGAUAAGCCCUAACCAAGUUACCUACAUCCACAGAAGCCAUCGAAAGCGCCGCAACCUUAACAAACACCCUCCACACCCUCCUCACUGCCAAUCCCCACCCAACAACGUCCCAGCUCUCAGCCGCCCUCAAGAAAUACCAAGAUCUCCGUACCCAGCGAUCAAAGCUGUUUGUUAAGCUCUCGGGCGUGGUGACAAGAGAUGACGCGCUCGCCAAUUUACGGAAUGUGCUGCGAUUUCUGUAUGUUCCGCCUUUGGAGCAGGAGAAGUUUCUUGGUGAGUCGGAUUUGCGAGCAUUGAUAGGAUAUGGGCGACAAAAGGAGAGGGGAUGAGACUAAUGGGUGUAGAUAUACAAACGCAGCUUUACGCCACGGGUCCUUAUCUAGAGUUUUUACCGCAGCCGGAACGCAUUGUUGGGAACAGAAGUUGGGGAUUAGAUGAGGAGGGAGGUUUCUUGGAGAAAAAUGAGAAGACGAGAGCUAGGCAUGUUAUUCAGACUGAUGGGAAAGCUUUGUUGAUCACUAAUGCGCGUUUCUAG